AUGUCAAAACCUCAUAGUGUUAAUGGGAGCGAAUCCGAGUUCGAAUUCAUCGAAACUCCUAAAGCUCCCACUCCCACCUUUGAGAAGUUUGAGGACUGCGGUGUGCGAACCACAUCGUAUCCAUCUAUCAAAAAUGCCCCUCUCCCCGCCGAUUCGGCUGGUGCUGACACCUUCUCUAAUCUCUUGCUAUUCUCUUUGAUGGGCGGUGUCCCUCUUUGGAUGUCAUGGAAAGUUGGAGGUGGUCUUAAGACUGCUAUAUUCUUCGCCUUAUUCACCAGCAUCCCUAUUCUUGCUGGUUUUUGGCUCACUAUCUCUUCCAUAAGCCCUCGAAAGAACGAGAAAGCUAGAUAUCCUGGGCGACCAAUCGAGCACUACCUCACUUUCAAGAAGCAAUCUGAUAAGCUCAAGUACCAUGGCAAGAACAAGAUUCCCUUAGAGACCUUCUACGAAAUGUACUUCGACGGUGAUGUCGACUUCAAUGGCGAUUGCCUUGAAGUCAUGGAAUACAGACACGAUUGGGCAAGCUUCCGAUUUACUUGGGGCCUCUGCAAGUACUUCUUAUUUGGCAUGAUCCCCGAGGUUAUCAUGCACUCGAGGAGUCAAGAUGAGGAACAGGUCCGUGACCACUACGACCGUGGUGAUGACUUCUACGGCUGGUUCUUGGGUCCUCGUAUGAUCUACACUUCUGGCAUUAUUUCAGACGUCAAUACCGAGGAGACCUUAGAACAACUUCAGGACAACAAGUUAGCUAUUGUUUGCGAGAAGAUUGACUUGCAGGAAGGCGAAUCACUACUAGAUAUCGGUUGCGGUUGGGGUACCCUCGCACGAUUUGCAAGUGUCAACUACGGCGCCCAUGCUACUGGUGUUACUCUCGGCCGCAACCAAACUGCUUGGGGUAACAAGGCUCUGCGCAACGUCGGCAUCCCUGAGGAACAGAGCAAAAUUCUCUGCAUGGAUUACCGAGACAUCCCGGUGCCCCAGGGCGGAUACAAGAAGAUCACAUGUCUGGAGAUGGCCGAGCACGUUGGUGUUCGCAAGUUCGGUACUUUCUUAAAGCAGGUCUAUGAUAUGCUCGACGAUGACGGAGUUUUCUUCCUACAGAUUGCUGGUCUCCGAAAGCCUUGGCAAUACGAGGAUCUUAUCUGGGGAUUAUUCAUGAACAAAUACGUCUUCCCCGGUGCUGACGCGUCAACUCCUCUCGACUUUUUCAUUAGCGGACUAGAAGGUGCUGGGUGGGAAGUCAAGGGAGUCGAUACGAUCGGUGUGCACUAUUCCGCAACUCUGUGGCGCUGGUAUAGGAACUGGUUGGCCAACCGCGAGAAGGUUGAGGCUAAGUAUGGAAAGAGAUGGUUCCGCGUCUGGGAAUACUUCCUUGCGUCCUCAACCAUCGCUUCCCGACAGGGUUCUGCCACCUGCUACCAGAUUGUUCUGGUCAAGAACAUUAACUCGACUCAUCGGGUUGAGGGUAUCUCAACCCAGUUCGGUUUAACUGGUGCUCUAAAGAAGGCCGCCUCGAAGAUCGACUUCAGGGCGUGGGCCAAGAAGAACGCCGACCAAUUCCCUACUUCGGCUGCGCAGUAA